AUGUCGCCUCCCGAGCCUUCGGUUUCCUUCUUCACGGCUAAGACGGCGCUGGUCUUGGCUGGUGUCUGGCUAGUGUACAAGCUGCUUGAGGCCGCCUACAAUGUGUCGCCUCUCCACCCCCUGAGCCACGUUCCGGGCCCUAAAUUAGCGGCAGCCACUUACCUACCAGAAUUCUACCAUGACGUUGUACUAUUCGGACGCUAUACGAAUCAGAUUAGGCAGAUGCACGAACAGUAUGUGCACUGCAACGAUGCCAACUUUGCCGACGAUAUCUACGCUGUAGCGGGGCGAAAGAGGGACAAGCCUGUCCAUCAGAUCAAUGGCUCAGCGCUCGGACAAGCUGGCUUCGGCACAGUUGAUCACGAUGUGCACCGUCUGCGCCGUAUCCCUCUGGCCAAGUUCUUCAGUCGCAGCAUGAUCGCUCGACUGGAAGGUGACAUACAGGCCCAAGUUCAGAAGCUUUGCGACAAGCUGCUCGCUCAGUCUGGCAAGAAGCACGGAUUCGACAUCACCAUGGCGUACAGCUGCUUUACUGCCGAUGCCAUUUCGGGCUAUUGCUUUGGUGACAGCUUCGGCUUCCUGGCCCAGGAAGAUUGGUACCCUAACUUCCGGGAGCCAACGGCGUCAAUCCUGAAGCCUGUUUUCAUGUUCCGCUUUUUCCCCUUUCUGAAAGGAUUAGCUGUCACCGGAAAGUGGUUCGUCAACUAUCUGCCUGCCGACAUCGCUCUCUUCAUCCAGACGCUGCAAAUUGACAUUCCCAACCAAAUCAAGAAGACAAAGGCCGAGAUGGAUGCUGGUAUCAUCCACGACCGCCCGACAGUCUUUGGCUCACUGCUCGAGUCUGACCUCCAGGCUCAUGAGAAGCAGCCGCAGCGGCUAUCGGACGAGGCAACCGCCGUCGUCGGCGCCGGUACGGAAACCACGAGCUGGGCCUUGUCUAUCAUCACCUACCACCUCCUGACCAAGCCUGAACUCCUCGCCAGACUAACGACUGAGCUCAACGCCAACAUUGAGAACUCCAAAGAGCUUCCCUCGUGGACCGUUCUCGAGAAGCUACCGUACCUGGGCGCCGUCCUUCAGGAGGGUCUCCGUCUCUCAUACGGCGUGUCUGCCCGCACUGCUCGUAUCGCUACAGAAGAGAACCUAGUCUAUCGUGGUGAAUUCAAUAAGCGUCCUGUCGAAUACGUUAUACCCCAAGGAUACGCUGUCGGCAUGUCGGCCGCCAUCACGCAUCAUGACGAGACAGUUUUCCCAGAUUCAGAGUCUUUCUCCCCUGAGCGCUGGCUCGACGAGAAUAACCAACGCAGAAAGGACGUUGAGCGUGGCAUGCUAGCCUUUUCGAAGGGAAGCCGUGCCUGCUUAGGCAUGAACUUGGCCCUUUGCGAGCUCAAUCUUUCUCUUUCCGCCCUCGUACUGCGGGUUCUCCCCCACAUGAAGCUGUACGAGACAACGGAGGUGGAUAUACUGUAUGAUCACGACAUGUUUGUUCCAUGCACAAAGGAGAGCAGCAAGGGUAAGAACGAGUAA